AUGGCCGCUUGCAACGCCGGAUGGGGCUCAAAAACCUACUUGCAGUUUCACCGACCGGAGCCUCGAGUCUUCUCUGGCCUGCACAUUGACAUCAACUCCUGCCCCGUGUGAACCAAAGAUCCCGAACUUUGCCCCACUUAUUUUUCUUCGUCUUCACGUACUUUUGCUUCGACUCGAGCCAAGCCUGUCCUGCUUCAAGCUUCGCUUGGAUGUGAUCGAGUCCACCCGCAGUCCAAACCUGAGACUAGCCGACAAAUCAGCUCGCUUGGUUGUAAAAUCCAGCAAACUGUAUCACUUCCCGUGCCCCCCUUGAGCCCUUUCUCCUCUGAUCCUGUGGGCCUGGACGCCGUGAUCCGAUCGCAAUUCUGUCCUCCCGAUCAGCCGCCAUGUUGUACUGUACCACACGACCAGAUCGCGCUCAGACACCUUUUUCAAUAUAUAUCCACAUUUGUAAGCUACCCCUUAACCGUUACUACGAGCGAUAUCAGCUUGCGCUCUAUUUUUCUAACUCAUCCUUGCCGCAAACACCUCAACUCUUCACUCGUUUGCUUUCUCCCCAGACUCCCGCUCAACUUGCCACCAACUGCACGCAAGAACCCGGACCAAGAUAAAUACGAAUGA